AUGAAAAAAUUGCUUGGAACUGCAACGGUAUUGGCUGCCAUCCUGGCAACAAGCAGCGUUUCAGCGGCUACUUUGUUUUAUGACAGCUUCAACAGGGCAAACAGCAACAAUCCCGGCAACGGCUGGACUCAGCUUGAAGACGACAACAACGACGUUGGAGUUUUCGGCAACGCCCUGAGACUAAGAGACUUUCUGCCUGGAAAUCCGGAUGCAGCGGCUGCCAGCAAGACCAUCGACGCGACAGGCUAUACCAAUAUUCAAGUCGAGUUUCGCUGGAAGGGAUUCAGCAGUGUUGAGACAGGUGACGACUUUUACCUUUCCUGGGCUGAAAGCCCCGCACCGGCGAUGAGCAACGAAGGCGCGUGGAACGAGGUAUUUAACGGGAACACAGGCGGCGGGACCUGGCUCACCAAUCUGAUCUCAAUCAGCCCUGGCGCCGACAAUUCUAUUUUCAACCUGAUGUUCUGGUCGGAUGUUGGUACCAGCAGCGAAGGCUACAAGGUCGACUGGGUCCGGGUCACCGGUGAUGCGAUUACGCCUGUACCGCUUCCCGCUGCAUUGCCGCUGCUCGCUGGUGGCAUCGGCCUGCUUGGCUUUGCCGGAUGGCGUCGACGCAAGACAGGCUAA